CCAGCUAUAUUGAUGUUCAGGUAAUUUUACUGGUACCUAUAGUUAAAUGUAUAGUUAAUUAGCUUAUGUCAUAAAUAUAUAAAUUAUUGUUUUAGUUCUGAUUAACCAUGUCAGAGUUAAUUCUCUAAAGAAGGAUGUCAUUUGUAAAGUUGUCCCAUGUUUCUUGUUUAUUUUAAAACAUUAAGAUAUUAGUCAACCAAUUUCCUAUGACAGUUUGGAGGUGCUAGAUGGUAAUGGAAAACAAAACAGUACAGUAAUAAAUAAAUAGUAUAUACAUGUAUGCAUAAAAAUUCUAAAACAACACAAAUAUUAAAUCAAAGUACUGAAGUACUGAAUAUCCUAUUACCACAAGUUCUUUUGGAUAGUGACAAGCACAAAAAAAAUAACAUCUCCUAUCUAUACCUGAAAGUUAGGUAAAGGUAAUUUCAUAAAAAAAAAUCUGAGACAAGUUCGUGCGUGGAUGAAUGAAUGAUAGGGAAUUUAACCUUACCGUAAUAACUAUUAGUAGUGAUACACAUCAGUAUACUCAUUAGUAUGCUAUUAGUUGUAGCAUCUUACAGAAUACAUAAUCAUUAUCACAGUGAUAAUAGGAAAUGUCAAAGUCUAUCUUUCUAGUUCUUUUUUCUUUUCAGGUUGUCUAUCUAUAUACAUGUAAUACCUGAUUAACUCAAAAUGAUACCUGAUGAAAUAAAGCAGUUGAUAAGUGAAAUGUUUUAUGUAGGAUAUCCUUACAGACUGAUACACUACAUCCUGGAAAAAGAAAAGAACUUUCAGAUUAGUUUCCAAUAUUUACAGCACAAAGUCAUCCCAAGGUUAGGUUUAAAGAGAAGAAACUGCAGAAUUAACAUUGAUACAGCAAUUACAUUGGCAGUGAAAGAAAUCAGGAAUGGUUGUAAUGGAUGUGAAAAUUUACGUCGUUCUUUGAAAAUAAAAUACCAGUUGCAAAUAACAAGGUCUCUUUCCAGAGAACUUGUUAGAAUCUUAGAUGCAGAUGGUAUUAAAAGGCGUAAAGGUAGAAGAUUAAGAAGAAGACAAUACAUAUCCAAGGGUCCUAACUAUAUUUGGCACUUAGAUGGUUAUGACAAACUAAAGCCCUUUGGCAUAUGUAUACAUGGAUGUGUAGAUGGUUUUUCAAGAAAAAUUAUAUGGAUGUGUGCCAGUAUUACCAAUAAAAGACCAGAAGUUGUAGCUGAUUUCUUCCUGAAAGCAGCUGAUAACAUUAAAGCUUUUCCAACCAAGAUCAGAUGUGACCCUGGUACCGAAAAUGGGUUAGCAGCAGCUAUUCAAGUCACUCACACUUCCAAUGAGAAGUCUGUGAUUUAUGGCUCCUCAGUUUUUAAUCAGAGAAUUGAAAGGCAAUGGGGUUGGUUAAGGCAAAGCAAGUCAGACUUUUGGAUCAAUCAUUUCAAAUGCCUUCAAGCAGAUGGCUUAUUGAAUGUUAACAGUCAAAUCCACAAAAUAUGCCUGCAGUUUGUAUAUUUGCCGAUAAUUCAACAAGAUUUAGCAGACCUUAUAGUUCUUUGGAACAGCCAUAAUAUAAGAAAACAAAAUCAGGGAGAUAUAUUGUCAGGCAUACCUGAUGUUCUAUAUCAUUAUCCUGAAGUUUAUGGUACUUCAGAUUUCUGUAUUCCUGCAGAUGAGCUGACAUUAAAUUUUUUCAAUGAGCAGUGUCACCAAGAAGCAAGUCUAUUUCAUAAAAUUGAUGAAGACUUUGAGGCAGUUUUAACUGAACUUAGGGACAAUAUAAACAUCCAAGCUGCAGUUGAUUCUGUACAAAAUGCUCGGCAUUUAUUUAUAUAUCUUAAGGACAGAAUGGAGAACUUGCUAUCCUAGAGAUUUUAAAGACUUAUUUGUGUCAGUCAAAUCAUAAAGUCAUCAUUAUCCACUCUAACUAGAAGAGACAAUAUUUGUUACUGGUAUCUUAAUGAUGUGUCAGGUGACAAAAUCUUUGAAGACUAAACUUUUCAGAAUCAACAUAAACUUGUAUGAGAAUUUGUGAUAACUACAAACAUUGAAACUGAUUUUUGUGUGUGUUUAGAUGUUGAGAUGCUAUGAAUGUAAAUGUAUAAGCAUGAAUUAAAUCACAAUUAUUAAUGAUAUAUAUUGUUUUACCAUGUUGAUACAUAGCUGUUAAUUGUGUGAAAUUAUAUUUCAUUUGUAAUAUAUCAAUUUACCUGUCACUUGGUUGAUUGGCCAGUAGAUAAUUGUCUCAUCUGAGAUUAACAAUAUGAGGAUUACCGUCAACAAAUUACAUUCAAUUUUGGCAAACAUUUCAAUAUAGACUGUUUUCUAUUCUGUGCAACUGGGCAACUUGAAUCUUUGAUUUAUGUUUUGGAUCAAAUUAAAUUUUAGUCUAUUUCUGUCGGAGAACCUGACACAAUAAAGGUUAAUGAAAUAUAUAAAAUGAUCUAUAGUUGCAAAUAGUUCAACUGCUUUUAAGAUGGUAUGGGUGUCUUCUUCCAUCUUAAAAUGGGACUAUACUUUAAUUAAGUCAGCAAAUUCUGAUGCAGGAAUGCAACUUAGAAACAAUGAUUUUCAUUUGAAGGAAAGAAUAUAUUUGGCCUUGAUUACAUUAUUUUUAAAAAGUUUUGCUUGAUUUCAAUUUUCUAUAAAUUUGCAUGUUAUAAGGGGAGGUAACUCAGAAAAUGUAUAAUUUAGAAAGUAAUCUUCUGGAAAGUUUUCUAUUUUAUUUUAUGUUAUUGUAAAAAAAAUGUAUGAUGACCACGUUUUGUCUUUUUAUAUUCUGAAAGCAUUUUAUAAGAGACAUAUUACUGACAUUGGAUUAGAUAUACUAGUAGUAACCAUGGACUUUUUAAACUAGUAAUUUUAUUCCGCCCAGACAAACUAGGACAAAAUUC